AUGCUCUCGGCUGUCACGAAACGCUGGACACAGGCGCGCGAACAGCCCCGAUGGCGGUUGACCUUGCUGGGACGAGCAGUCGCCCUGAUAUCCGGAGAGCUACUCUUCAAUGCGGCCUGCUGGGUCGCUGCUGGCAUAUGCUUCAAGGGAAGCGGUGUGUUGGGGCUCGCGUUACUGGCAUGGACUAUCGGGCUGCGGCAUGGCCUUGAUGCCGACCAUAUCAGUGCCAUCGAUAAUGCUACCCGACAGCUUGUCAGCCAGGGCCAACUGCCCAUCACUUGUGGACUCUUCUUCUCACUCGGACAUUCUACCAUUGUCAUAGCAGUCAACAUUGCUAUUGCUAUCAGGCGAGCAGACUGCCCAGUUUGUGUGGAUGUGUAUGACAAGCUCGACAAAGUCGGUUCCGUAGGCGGAAUCGUCGGCGCAUCCGUUUCCGCCUCAUUCCUCUUCCUCGUCGCAUGCUUGAACAUCUUCUUUCUAAUCGGCGCUGUCAAACAACGGCGAGCCAUCAAGCGGCGGCAAGCUUUGGGUUUGCCCCCAGAUGAAGAGGAUAUGGAUCCCACCAAGAUCCAUGGUGGGGGCUGUUUGGUUCGGAUCAUCUCGCCGAUUUUGAGGGCGGUAGACAAGCCAUGGAAGAUGUACCCGGUUGGCAUCUUGUUUGGUUUUGGAUUCGAUACGGCUUCGUCGAUUGCUCUUCUCGCCAUCUCCGCUGUCGCCCAAAGGGAUAACAAUGGACAAUCUAUCAACCAUGGCAAGAUUGUUAUCCUUCCAUUCCUGUUUACCGCAGGCAUGUCCCUGGUCGAUUCCCUCGACUCUAUCCUCAUGCUCUACGCCUACGCCUCCCCCUCCCGCUCCACCCCCGAAGGCAAAAUUGCUCUUCUCCAAGACCCUUUCGACUCGAAAGAGACUAUCAACGAGACUAACAUCGAGACGCUGCCGGUGGAGACUUCCGACGAGCGCGAGAGGGCAGAAAGUGAAGAGCUGCGCGCGAGCCCUAGAGGAGAGAUUGAGAGGCUGGAAGAAGAGCAGGAAACCAGAUAUAUGGGCGCGAGGGACGGUGGUGUGGAGGAGGAGGGCAUCGGCGGCCCUUCCAACUUUGCGGAAGGUGCUGAGAACGAGCGGGUGAUACAGGCCAAGGCCAACACGAUGUCUUCGCUCUCCAUCAUCCUCACCCUCCUGUCCAUCUUGGUCGCUCUCAGCAUCUCUCUGAUCGAAAUCAUGGGUCUCAUCGGUGACAACUGUACGCAAUGCCAGGAAGCAGCUGAUGACCCCGACGGGGGUGGUCUCGCAGGGAGCUGGUGGCGUGCAUGGGCUAGAGCCAACGACCAGUCUGGCUAUAUCGGUGCUGCUAUCGUGGGGUGCUUUGUGGCCAUCUUGGUUGGGUUCUAUGGGGCAAAGUGGGGUGCAAAGAAGUGGAAGGUCAGGCAGGAGGGCAAGCGGGCGGUCAUGCUUCCGUCAACGAACGAGGAGGAGGCGCAUCAAUGA